AUGUCUUUCUUCCUCGCCACAGUACCAGCUGGGACAGAGCUCUACCACGGAACUUCGAAGCAAGAAGAGAUAUCCGGGACAGAGUGGUUGGCGUUCGAACCAGAGCACGCACUCAUCUUCGCACGGCCUCAUCGGGGACCGCCGCCAGGAGAAGGGCAUGGCCCGCCAAACGAUCGACCUCAUUAUGGAGUAGAUGAACCGGACAGACGACAUAACGGAAAACCAUCUCCAAUGAUGGAUGAUGAUAGCACCGAGUACGGCUACUUACACACUUACACACCAAAACAUAACCUUCGCCUGCUAUACCUUGAUGGCCUUUCCGCUGGAAAGACUCCUAAUGGCACACUCGAUACCCAAGACAUGCUACUCCUUAAUCUCACUGACUUGGAUAGCCCUAUGGCAGGCGAAUAUCAGCGCGCAGAAGGUCUUUGCAAUCUAACCAAAACACUGUGGGAAAAUAAGAUCGAUGGCGUCUUGCGCAUGGAGGCUGGCUUCGAAAUUAUACUUUGUGACUUUACGGAGCAUCUGCAAAGAAAGGACGUUGUUGCGAUAUCUCAACACGAGCACCGUGGUGCAUCUGGAAAGGGACCAGAUGGCUGGCAGUACCUCAAAGCUAUCACCUCGCGCUACCAAGGGAUCGGCGGUAAUAGGGUGAAGUUGGAUCUUGAGAACUUCGUUAGCGUCUUUGCUUACCCCAACAUCGACGGGCUGUUUGACAACGACGUACAGUCCGACUAUGCUAUGCCUAGACUACAGAAUGUCAAAGAGGGUGACCGUAUGCGUGUCAAAGACGAUGUCACGGAUAUGAUCCUGCGGAAAGACUGGAACACAGACGAACAAUUGCGCGAUUGGCAAGCAGUGGCUGACAUGGUAGUACAGCGGUACAGCAAACCUCUUCAUCACCUUCACACCGACAAGGACAUUCGAGAAGACAAGGAUGCACUUACUCUUUACCUCGCCACGCUACUUCGUCCCUUCAUCUCUUCCGCUCGCAACGCAACACUGGAGACACAACGCUGUGUGUCUCAGUACAUCCCCACAUUGCCUUUACCGCCACAACCGGUCGCCUCUCUGGCGCACCUCAACCUAUACGUUGUGACGCAUCGGCUAUGCGACACACUCCUGACUGCCCUUUCCAUCGCCUCUUCGCCUACGUCUCACUCUUCAUUCACGUCUGUGUAUGCCUCACAUGCUGUCGAACUUAUCGAUGAUCUAGUUGAGUUUCUAAGCUGGACAACGUGGAAGGACUGUGGAGCAUGUGCGGACGAAGAGGUCUGCUUCAUACCCAUCUGGCCGAUGGGCUCACAUGAGGAUCAUGCACACCCAAGAUGCAAGCGUGAAGAAGAUGCAGAAGACGGAGGUGGUGGGUAUUGGGGCUCAAGGAGGAGAUCGCAUGGGAAGAGAAGGAUGAAGAGGGAUAGGAAGUAUGAGUUUACACGUUACAGGAAUUGA